UUGUUUUAGAUCAUAUUUUACGAGGGAAAAUGUUUCACAGGAAGGAAGCUGGAAGUCUUUGGAGAUUGUGACAACUUCCAGGACAGGGGGUUCAUGAACCGAGUGAACUCUAUAAAGGUUGAAAGUGGAGCUUGGAUCUGUUAUGAUCACCCUGACUUUAAAGGACAGCAGUACAUUCUUGAGAGAGGGGAAUAUCCUGACUUUCAUCGUUGGAAUGGUCACAAUGAUCACAUGGGUUCCAGUCGACCAGUUAGAAUGCAUGGUGAGCAUUAUAGACUGGAGCUGUUUGAGGGGUGUAAUUUCACUGGCCAAUGCAUGGAAUUCUGUGAAGACUGCCCAUUUCUGCAAGGAAGGGGAUGGAAUAAAAACUGUGUCAACGCUCUCAAAGUCUACGGUGAUGGAGCCUGGGUGCUGUAUGAAGAGCCCAAUUACCGUGGACGUAUGUACAUUGUAGAGAGAGGAGACUAUCGCAGCUUUAACGAAUGGCAGGGCCAGAGCGCAAAUAUCCAGUCUAUCAGACGAGUAGUUAAUUAUUUCUAAUUGAUACAUUUUAACUCUGUUCCUGGGAAACUUUGAUGCACAAUAACAUUUACCUCUUCUGACAAAGAAAAUGUCCAAUAAAUUCUUAAACUGUG